ACGGACGCGUCGUGUCUGCGGACACUUUUCGGUAUCGGACCCAUUUCCGGUCUGACCCACCUACCCCGGCCCCCCAGUGACCCCGGCCAGUGUGGCCUAUGAUUUGUUGGUGUGAUGGCACUCCACAUGACACUGCCAGUCCGGCACCUUAUCUGGUCCUUGGCCUCUGGCCAGUUGACUCCCAGGAGACACAGAGGAUGUGGCCUCCUGCAUACAGGCCUUGAAGCCCUCACAGAUGGGACUGUACCAGUGUUCAUCCGAGCCCUGGCCUUUGGGGACAGGAUCGCCCUCAUUGACCGACAUGGCCGUCACACCUACAGGGAGCUCUUCAACCGCAGCCUUCACCUGUCCCAGGAGAUCUGCAAACUCCGGGGCUGUGAGAGUGGGGACCUCCAGGAAGAGAGAGUCUCCUUCCUGUGCUCCAAUGAUGUCUCCUAUGUUGUGGCCCAGUGGGCCUCCUGGAUGAGUGGUGGUGUCGCUGUCCCACUCUACUGGAAGCACCCCAAGGCCCAGCUGGAGUACUUCAUCCAGGACUCCCGGAGCUCUGUGGUCAUGGCUGGCCAGGAGUAUGUGGAGCUACUGAGUCCAGUGGCCCAGAGGCUGGGGGUCCCACUUCUGCCUCUCACACCUGCUGUCUACCAUGGAGCAGCAGAGCAGCCCACAGAGAAAUCUGUUCCAGAGAGAGAAUGGCGUGACCGGGGCGCCAUGAUCUUCUACACCAGCGGGACUACGGGGAGACCCAAGGGUGCACUGAGUACCCAUCGGAACAUUGCAGCUGUGGUAACUGGCCUCAUCCGCACAUGGGCAUGGACGAAAAACGAUGUGAUUCUGCAUGUCCUCCCACUGCACCACAUGCACGGUGUGGUCAACAAGCUGCUCUGUCCACUCUGGGUAGGAGCCACCUGUGUGAUGCUGCCUGAAUUCAAUGCUCAGCAGGUUUGGGAAAAGUUCUUAAGUUCUGAAGCUCCGAGGAUUAACUUGUUUAUGGCAGUGCCCACAAUCUACAGCAAACUGCUAGAUUACUACGACAGACAUUAUACCCAGCCUCAUGUCCAGGACUUUGUGCGUGCGGUUUGUGAAGAAAAAAUUAGGCUGAUGGUGUCGGGCUCAGCUGCCCUGCCUGUGCCCCUGCUGGAGAAGUGGAAGGGUGCCACUGGCCACACACUACUGGAGCGCUACGGCAUGACCGAGAUUGGCAUGGCUUUGUCCAACCCCCUGACAGCGGCUCGCCUGCCAGGUUCUGUGGGGACCCCACUGCCGGGAGUAGAGGUGCGCAUCGUCUCGGAAAGCCUGCAGAAGGACUCCCCCUACACUAUCCACGCAGAGGGAAACGAGAGGGAGACAAAGGUAACCCCAGGGCUGGAGGAAAAGGAGGGGGAGCUGCUAGUUAGGGGGCCCUCUGUGUUUCGAGAAUACUGGGAGAAGCCGGAAGAGACGAAAAGUGCUUUUACUUCGGAUGGCUGGUUCAAAACAGGAGACACUGCCGUGUUCAAAGAUGGCAGGUACUGGAUUCGAGGCCGUACGUCGGUGGACAUCAUUAAGACCGGGGGCUAUAAAGUCAGUGCCCUGGAGAUUGAGCGGCACCUGCUGGCCCACCCCAGCAUCAUGGAUGUGGCUGUGAUUGGAGUUCCAGAUAUGACAUGGGGCCAGCGGGUCGCAGCUGUGGUGGCCCUUCAAGAAGGACAAUCACUGUCCCACAGGGAUCUCAAGGAGUGGGCCAGAGGCAUCCUGGCACCAUACGCUGUGCCCUCCGAGCUCCUGCUGGUAGAGGAGAUCCCACGGAACCAGAUGGGCAAAGUGAAUAAGAAGGACCUGGUCAGACAGUUCUAUCCUUCAUGACCAAAGGAGCCAGCCAAGCUGAGAUCCAAGGACCACAGACAUCCUGAUGAUCAUGUGCUGUGGGCCUUGUAGUAGGCAGUGAGACCCUUAGAUGGAACCCCUAAAUCAGGUUGACAAGAAUCAAGAACACUGGGAUGAAAUCACUGAGUGAGGCUUCCUCCACCCAAGGCUGGUAGUCCAAGCCCGAGACCCUGGCCACUGGCCAUGUCCUGGCCAUCACUGGUAUAUGCCAGCUUUACAAGCACAGUAAGGAUGUGGCUAUGUCCAGGGCAUGGCCAGCUCCCUGUGCCCUAGUUCCUGGCUCUCCUCAGGGCAGGUCCCAGAGAGUCAGAAAUAAUAGCGGAGAGAAGAGCUGAGAUAUAAAGACAGAAGACAAGCGUCUGCAUGACCUGCAAGUCACACGUCUGCACGCACACACAGAUAUCACAGCUAGCCCACAUAGUGUGCCAAGCAGCUGCCCAGACCCAGGCUCCUGCUGUGGCAACUGCUUUUACCCUGUGAGCUGUCUGCUAUGUGCAUGAAAGAAUGUUUAAGGUCCUUCAGGCCACCCAAGGCCGUCCCCAAAUAGCCCUGCAGCUUCUCUCUUGACUGCGUCACCCUCAGCUCAGGGCCUUUUUGUCCCUUCUCUGUACUGUGUCCCUUUGUCACCUUCCCAGAACCCUUCCUGUUCUGCUUCCAUAAUUACAUUUCAGAGUUUCCCUAACCUCCAUCCUCCAGGCCCACAGAAACCUUAGAUGUCCGCCAGCUCAGAUGUGUGGACAUCACCCACCGUGUGCACUCAGGCCAUGUGGAGAAGCAGAGCUCUCAGUGGCUCCAGGAAGGCCCCACUCUUCUGGCUAUGGCCUAUGAAAAGGACAGUUAUAGCCCAGGCUCACCUGAAACAUCUGCAAGGCAGCAGUGAGGGCGAACUCAGGGCACCUCACUUACCAGGGUGCAACCCCAGAGCAGUCAGUCCUUCCUUCCAGGGGGACAGUGUGCGAAGAGGAGGAUGCCAGGCCACACCUCACCCUGCAAAGCUGCCAGUGGAGAUGCAGUCACCAGCUCUCUGUGGCCUGGCUUUGCAGCCUGUGCUGUCCCUGUGACUUGGACACUAGGUAUCAUUUGUGGCUACUCUCCAGAGGAAGUCCCUCAGAGGGCAGUGUGAGUGACAGGAAACCUCCCAGGAAAAAAUAAAAUAUUGAAGAGUA